AUGAGCGCCCCCGAAGCCGAAACGUUUGCUUUCUCGGCCGACAUUAACCAGCUCCUGAGUCUAAUCAUCAACACGUUUUACUCAAACAAGGACAUUUUCCUUCGUGAACUUAUCUCGAAUGCAUCAGAUGCCCUUGACAAGAUCCGGUACUCGUCACUAACUGAUGCGAGUGUGCUCGACACGGACAAGAACCUUGAGAUUAAGGUCAUUCCAGACAAGGCCAAUGGUACACUGACGAUCCAAGACUCUGGUAUUGGUAUGACCAAGGCUGAUCUUAUUAAUAACUUGGGCACGAUCGCCAAGUCGGGUACCAAGGCCUUCAUGGAGGCAUUGGCUGCCGGUGCUGACAUCAGUAUGAUUGGUCAGUUUGGUGUCGGGUUUUACUCUGCCUAUCUCGUGGCUGACCAAGUGGUUGUCCACUCGAAGCACAAUGAUGACGAGCAGUACGUGUGGGAAUCUGCUGCCGGUGGAUCAUUCACUGUGAAGCCUGACACAUCGGAGCCCAUCCUACGUGGUACUCGCAUUGUAUUGAAGUUGAAGGAGGAUAUGCUGGAGUAUUUGGAAGAGCGCAAGUUGAAAGACUUGGUGAAGAAACACUCGGAGUUUAUUGGCUUCCCUAUCAAGCUUUACGUUGAGAAGACGGAGGAGAAGGAAGUGACGGACGAUGAAGAGGAGGAAGAAGAGAAGGAGGGUGAAGAUGACAAGCCCAAGGUAGAGGAAGUUGACGAGGAGGAGGAAGGUGAGAAGAAGAAGAAGACGAAGAAGAUUAAGGAAGUGACCCACGAGUGGGACCACUUGAACAGCCAGAAACCUAUCUGGAUGCGUAAACCUGAGGACGUGACCCACGAAGAAUACGCUUCGUUCUACAAGUCGCUUACCAACGACUGGGAGGAACACGCUGCUGUGAAGCACUUUUCGGUGGAAGGUCAGCUUGAAUUUAAGGCUUGUCUGUUUACCCCCAAGCGCGCGCCAUUCGACAUGUUUGAGGGCGGUGCCAAGAAGAAAGUGAACAACAUUAAAUUGUAUGUGCGUCGCGUGUUCAUCAUGGACAACUGCGAAGACCUCAUGCCUGAGUACCUGUCGUUCGUCAAGGGUGUCGUUGACUCGGAGGACUUGCCGCUGAACAUUUCGCGUGAGACGUUGCAGCAGAACAAGAUAUUGCGUGUGAUUAAGAAGAACUUGGUCAAGAAGUGCCUCGAGAUGUUUGCGGAGCUUGCUGAGGACAAUGAGAAGUACAACAAGUUCUAUGAGGCCUUUAGCAAGAACCUGAAGCUGGGCAUUCACGAAGACUCGACGAACCGCACGAAGAUUGCCAAGCUGCUGCGUUACUACUCGACCAAGUCUGGCGAAGAGACGACGUCUUUGGACGACUACAUUUCGCGCAUGCCGGACAAUCAGCCUGGUAUUUACUACGUGACGGGCGAGAGCAAAAAGUCGGUCGAAAACUCGCCGUUUAUUGAGAAGCUCAAGAAAAAGGGAUACGAGGUGCUGUUCAUGGUAGAGGCCAUCGACGAGUACGCCGUGCAGCAGUUGAAGGAGUACGAGGGUAAGAAGCUUAUCUGCGCCACCAAGGAAGGCCUCAAGAUGGAGGAGACGGAGGACGAGAAGAAGUCGUUCGAGGAGGCGAAGGCUGCCACUGAGGGUCUGUGCAAGCUCAUUAAGGAGGUCCUUGACGACAAGGUGGAGAAGGUCGAGAUCUCAAACCGUAUCGUCGAGUCGCCGUGUGUGCUGGUGACGGGUGAGUACGGCUGGUCGGCCAACAUGGAGCGUAUUAUGAAGGCGCAGGCCCUGCGCGACAGCAGCACGUCGUCCUACAUGUCGUCCAAGAAGACGAUGGAGAUUAACCCGUUGCACCCGAUCAUUAAGUCGCUGCGUGAGAAGGCUGAGGCCGACAAGAGCGACAAGACGGUGAAGGACUUGAUCUGGUUGUUGUACGACACGUCACUGUUAACGUCGGGUUUCAGCCUGGACGAACCCACGACGUUCGCCAACCGCAUUCACCGUCUCAUUAAGCUCGGUUUGAGCAUUGACGACGAUGACGAUGUCGCCGACGAAACGAUGGAGGACUUGCCUCCGCUUGAGGGUGAGGAUGAGGAGGAGAGCACGAUGGAAGAGGUGGACUAA